AUGAGGCUCUGUCGCUGCUGCGAGGGGCCGGGCGGGGGCGGCGGGAGGGACGGGGGCCUGGGUGGGAACUGGGCAGGAGGUGCCUUCUCCCGGGCUUUGACGCCUCUCGGAGGAAAGUCGCGGGCUCCGCGGUCCUCCACAGCGCCCCCAGUCCCGCUCCCCGGCGCGCGCCCCUCCCCGCUCUACCGGGUGGGAACUGGGCGCGGGCCGGGGACUCCGGGGACGCGUGCGCCCCUCGCCGCGCGAGGUGCGGCCGAGCCAGCCGGAGAGGGCGGGGGCCAGGCGGGGCGGCGCGCGGGGGCGGGGGAGCGGCCGGGACACGUGCCUGGCCGAGGGGCGUCGCGCAGAGGCGGCGGCGGCGGCGCACGGAGGCAGCGGACGACGCGCUCUCGGCGCCGGCAGCCCGGGCCCCGCGCUCCCGCAGCCCAAAGUAACUUUGGGAGCCGCCGUCUCCCGCGGAACUUCACGGCGGGGGGCGGCUCCCGAGCCCGCUCCGCUCCGCUCCCCCGCCUUCUCUCCAUCCCUCCGCGUGGCUCCUCAGUCCCGGCGUCUCCAAAACUGGAUGAGCCAGCGGCGCGCGGGGAGCGCGGCGGCGGCAGCAUGGAGCGCAGUGGCUGGGCCCCGCGGACUUUCGUCCUGGCGCUGUUGCUGGGGACGACGCUGAGGGCGCGCGCGGCGGCGGGCUAUUACCCCCGCUUUUCGCCCUUCUUUUUCCUGUGCACCCACCACGGGGAGCUGGAAGGGGAUGGGGAGCAGGGCGAGGUGCUCAUUUCUCUGCACAUUGCGGGCAACCCCACCUACUACGUUCCGGGACAAGAAUACCAUGUGACAAUUUCAACAAGCACCUUCUUUGACGGCUUGCUGGUGACAGGACUAUACACAUCUACAAGUGUUCAGGCAUCACAGACCAUUGGAGGUUCCAAUGCUUUUGGAUUUGGGGUCAUGUCUGACCACCAGUUUGGUAACCAGUUUAUGUGCAGUGUGGUGGCCUCUCAUGUGAGUCACCUGCCCACAACCAACCUCAGUUUCGUCUGGAUUGCUCCACCUGCGGGUACAGGCUGUGUGAAUUUCAUGGCUACAGCAACACACCGGGGCCAGGUUAUUUUCAAAGAUGCUUUAGCCCAGCAGUUGUGUGAACAAGGAG